CAGGUUGAAGGUGUCAGGACUGUAACAUCCCGAGGGGCUGGUGAAUAAAAUGGAAACGUGGAAAUUAUUGAGGCUAGUGAUCGCCAUCUUGUCAGUGACCAGUAUUCACUGUGGCAGACACCUUGGUUUCCCGGUGUUUGGAGUAUUCAGUCCACUAGUUCAGACACCCCAUCUUAAUCUGUUCGGCACUUUUAGUGGAUUAAAUGUGGGUUUAACUCAUUUACAUAACCCAGUUGGUGGUCUGCUGGGUAUCCCUAACAUCCGGGGCACCCCGACCAUUUUACCUAACUUCGUGGGUCAAAUCUACGCCCAAAAUAAACCACUGGGAAAACAUAACGGUGGAAUGGUGAUAGGUUUAAACGGAUUGCUGAUCGGAGUAGUGUUACAGACGUGGGACGGACGACAAUGCGCUUACGAUCCGAACCAGAUGUAUCUUGGAAACGUCUUGCCGCAACAUUACGGACCACCAUUAGUGUAUGGACCCAUGGGUAACAUUAUGGGUCACGUGGUCUACAACAAUAAUAACAAUAAUGAAGUAAUCACUAUCACUGGGGGUAGCAACAGUGGGUUCCCGUGUCGAGGGGACGUCUGUGGCAACCCUUUCUAUCCCAGUCCACGAGACCCUAACAAUGGUCAGUUCCCUGUUAGAGGGGACGGUGGUCGUGGAUAAUAACGUUUCUCAACUCAGAUCAUUUUCUCGUCUGGACAAUCGACACCUAUUUUUGGAUUCAAGUUUUUGAAAACCUGUGAUUUAAUUUUGAAAUUCUGAAAAAGAAACCACUAAACACUAACAAAUUAACAAUGACUCGAAAACCUGAAAAAAGGCAAUAGUUGCGAGAAAACACCUUCUCCCGUUGAACACAGUUCCGCACGUUUUUGUUGCAAAAUGAAGUUCUAAAAGAGAGUACCUGUAUUGUUUGUUUAAUUAGGUUGACGUGGGAUUCAAAACAUGUUAGUUUGGUUUUUGGCUCCAAGAAUUUUGAGAGAAAUCUGUCAUGUUUAGAAGAAAUCUGAAUUGUGUCUAAUUCAACUUUUAAAUAAAACUUUAAUUAGGUGUAAGCCUGUUACCGAAUUUUCCACAAAAUUGUAAAAUUGAUUAGAAUUUUGAAUUAAGUCGCCAUAAAUUCUAAAAUAAAUAGAUUUGUUGUGAAUCUUGUUGAAUUUUGUAAAAAACUAACGAAAUCCAUGAAUUGUAUAAAAAUUAUUUUUAUUUU